CUUAAACGGCCCUGUCAGAAAAAGAAGAAGAAAAUCCCUCAGAUCUCCCUAAGUUUCUGUCUUUACAAUGUCGAUCUCUCUCAAAACUCUGACACCCAUAACUUUGACCCUGCUUCUUCUUCUUCUUCUUCUUCUUCCUCUCUUAGCCACCUCUUCCAUACACGAUCUCCUCCAUAGACAAGGCUUGCCUGUUGGUCUUUUCCCGGACAACGUUAAGUCCUAUUCAUUCAACGCUUCGGACGGUCGCCUGGAAGUUCACCUGGAAAGUCCGUGCAUGGCUAAGUUCGAUGGGAGGGUGUACUUUGACCGUGUGGUGACGGCUAACCUUAGCUACGGUGGACUGGUCGGAGUGGAAGGGCUGUCUCAGGAAGAGCUGUUUGUGUGGUUUAAUGUUAAAGGUAUUCGUGUUAAGGAUCCUUCUUCUGGGCUUAUUUUGUUCGAUAUCGGCGUUGCUCAUAAACAACUGUCGCUUUCUCUCUUUGAAGAUCCUCCUGUUUGCAAGCAUCAAGAAGUUGUGGAAGAAAAUCUUGGGAGGAAGAUGGGAUUUCAAGUCCAGAGGUGAUGGGCUGAUUCAUUUCAUUGCUUCAUUUUGAAGAGAGAUUUUGUUUCCCUUCUAUUUGCCUUUUUCUUUCAUGGUAUUUGUUAGAUGUAUGUAAAG